AUGGGGGCGCGCCGCUAUGCCUGCCCCUUCGACUGGAUCUUCAGUUCUGCGGCAAUGGUGUCUCAUUGCUUGCGGGAUGACUUCCGAGACUUUCUGGACAAGCGCCAGUACUAUCUCAAUGGCACUUCCUUCGAUUCUAUCGGCCUCAAGCCGGGAUCAGCUCCCCGAGAACGGAAACUGAUCGGCCACAACACUUAUUCUGAAAUGACAGCCGGAGUAGGGCGGGGCACUAUCUUCAACCAUCGCAAUCCACUGCACGAUGACGCUGACUACCUUUACAUCGAGCGCUGCGUUCAACGCUUCCGAUGCCUGCUGCGGUCCGCUGACCGGAAACUCUUCGUCGUGCUGAACUUGAACCGGCAGCUCUGGAUCGAGGCUGAUUUGAUGGAGCUCUUCCGCGAGCUGUCGCAAAAGACCUGCAACUUUCUUCUCCUGGUCUUGGACUGCAGCGGCAAGAACAUCGGCCCGACUGCGGCGCGGAUGCCUGCGGAGGAGAUAUGCCGGCAAAGCCACCCUGGGCAACGUGACUUGCUCAUGUGCCGGCUUCCUUGCGUGGGGGACAACACUGGUUCCUAUUUCCGGGAUGACGCCGACGCCCAGCGCGUCCGCGCGAUCCUCCUGGAGCCCUUCCGCUUCGACCUGGCGCCAGAUCCUUUGGAGGGCGAGGCCGGGCUGGGGCCGGACGAAGCAGACCUGGCUGGGUAUGCGGCCCCUCUUGGAGUGACGGGGAGUGUGCGCAGGUGGAGGGGUGAGGGGCACGAGGAGAGCCAGGCCCCCGGCGAGAGCCAGGCCCCCGGCGAGGGCGAGGGCGAGGCCGAGGAGAAGCCAAGACGCCGCUGGGGCCGGGCCUCGUAG